AUGAGCAGAAAGGUGAGGCAGUUGCUGGGGAAGAAGCUGGAACAGACUACGAAGACUCCAAUGAUCUUAGAAGCUUACCUAGUGAUACGGAGGCUGAGGGAAGCAGCGCAGAGAUGGGAUCAUGCAUUCGGGCUAAGAAUUAUGAAAAUCAUUGAGAAGGCUAAGUCUGAGGCAAGGUACUUGAAGGCAGACUAUGCAAGUAACCAUAAAUUUAAGACAAGUAACAGAGACGGUUUGAGGUGGAGCAUUGACUUGACAAAAAAUGCAUGUGCAUGCAGAAAAUGGCAGCUCACUGGAAUACCAUGUUCCCAUACAAUAUCAGGCAUGCUUUCAAGGGAUAUUGGCAUAUAUGAGUACAUCGACCCAUGGUAUAGCAAGGAAGCAUACCUCAAGUGUUACUCCCCAGUGAUCCAUCCGAUGUCAGGGCCUGAACUGUGGCCAGAAUUGGGAAAGCAUCCUCUCAAUCAACCUCAAAAGAGAAAACAGGCUGGCAGACCCAAAAAAAUGAGGAAGAAGUCACAGGCAGAGCCAUCUGCAGGAGUUAAGAUAGGAAGGACUGGCAUGAAGAUGACUUGUAAAAGCUGUGGAGGGUCCGGACAUAACAAAAGAAGCUGUAAGAGACCACUGCCUGGUGAAGAUAGUUCACAGCAACAGUCUCAACCAACCGCACAAAUAGAGUCCCAAGAAGAUACAUAA